GCGCACAGGUAAGAAUGUGUGCGCACGGAGCACAAAACAUUUGCGCGAGGCUAGAAAGCGCGCGCAAGAAAAUUUGACUCUACGCGCGCUAUGACCGUUAAAACCCCCAAAUCCAAAACAAGUUAUGUAACGAAACUGGUGUAUUUAUGGAAAAGCACAAGAGAAUCGCGCCUGUACGACAAUCGACCUCACAAAAGUCAGUUCAACAUGAACAAGUUAUAAUUCGAGAGUUUACCAGCGCUGUUACCGAGCAAUGUCGCGAGAUCUACACACAGGCAUUGUACAACCAAGUCUGGCCGAUAUCAAAGAUCAUCAUUCUCAGGUUCAAUCACAUGGCGAUACUUGCGUUACCUGUGAUCUUAGCCGGCGCUUACUAUUGGUCAACUUGGGUUUUAUCCAACUUUCUUUUCCUUUGCUUCUCCGUACCAAUUAUCUUAUACGUCUGCGUGCGAAAUGAAGUCCAGGACGUACUGAGGCUUACUCUGAGUAAAGAUCUCGGUGAAAUGGAAGCAGUGUACACAACAAGUGGGGCAAGGAUGAUUGUUGCGGAACUCUGUGGCCGUGUAGUUGGUCUAGCAGGGCUCGUACGAUCAAAACAAGCAGAAACAGCCACUUUACAAAGAAUAGUGGUCGAAAAGUCCCACCGCAGGAAUGGUGUAGGAACUGCCAUGGUUAGGGCGCUUGAGAAGUUCGCACGUGAGCAGGGCUACGAGAGAAUCGUCCUACGCACCAUAGAGCCGUUAGCAGUGGUGGGAUUCUACAGGAAGUGUGGAUUUCGCACGGUCCAAGUUUUGCCUUUUAUUUCGGACGAGCCUUGGACCAGCGGGUGGAGAGCCCUUAAGAUGGAACUCGAUCUAACAAGAUAAAGACAAUUGGCUUAUGGGCGUAUUUGUAUGUAGGGUAAAGAGGUGGCAAUAAAGGGUAGGGGGGGGGGGGGGGGGGUAAAACCGCCACCCCAAACUAGCGUGCCGAGAUAAAUAUCCUCGUUCCCAGGGUUUUCCCCUCGUAUCCUGCUUGCCCCUGGGGGUAGGGGAGGGUGGGACCCUUGGGACGAGGAUGCGAGAGAAAUAGAAGAUAGAUGGAACUGAAAUAAGCUUAUAUGGAUAUGUCUGAGAAUACCAAAUGUGGACGCCAUGUGGGUAUAGAAGGGAUGAAAUGUAAUAAAAUGAUUUUUGUCGUC